UUAGAAGGAAAUUCAAGAUUUGAGGGUUUCAUUGUUGAUUUAUUAAACGAAUUAAGUAAAUCGUUGAAAUUUCAGUUUACUUUAGAAGUCGUCAAAGAUAAUAGCUAUGGUGGGUUUAGUCUUAUUUCUCAAGAAUGGAACGGAAUGGUAAAGGAUAUAAUUGACGAGAAGGCCGAUAUUGCUGCAGGGGCAUUUUCUAUCACAGUUAAACGAUCUGAAGAGUUUGAUUUUACAAUUCCUUUCAUGGAUCAAGGAGUAACUAUUUUAAUGACCAAACCAAAGACUCCUCUAGUAUCCAUUUUUCGAUGCUUUGCACCAUUCAAUCUUUCCUUAUGGAUUGUUAUUGGAGUAUUUUUAAUCGUUAUGGCGAUCUUAUUUUUCGUAGUCGGUAUUCUUAACCCCUAUGACUCAUUCAUUGACGCGGUUCAACACUUACCAAUUUGCAAACGCUUAAAAGCUGAAGAAAAAAAUAAUGAUCUGAAAAAUGCACAGCAAAAAUGGAAAGAUGAUUAUGGAGAGGUUGUUGCAUCCAUGAAUUUGGGCAAUUCCUUAUGGAAUUCUGUGUCGACUUUUCUACAACAAGGACAUGAUAGACCUCCUACUGCUAUAUCAGGAAGAAUUAUGCUAGGUUCUGCAUGGCUUGCUUCAUGUAUUAUAAUUGCUACCUAUACUGCAAAUUUGGCAGCCUUCUUGACCGUUAAAAAUUUAAACUCUGAAAUUAAUUCCUUGCAAGAGCUGGCUUCCCAAAGCAAAGUUAAAUAUGGAACAGUACAAGGCAGUAGCGUCUACAACUUUUUUUGA